AUGGGUGCGGACGUCACCCUGGUCAUGGGUGAGACCAGGUCGCAAUCAAGGUCGUCGCUCUGGCCAUGGCAAGGGCCGUCAUUCUGGGCACAACUAUGGCUGGGUGAAGCCAGGGCCGUUACUCCGGCCAUGGGUGCAACCAAGGUGCUAGCCCAAACGGACAUGGCCAAGUUGGAAUCAUCAUACCAGGCCCUUCCAUCUUCAUCGAUCGCAUUGCGGUCACUCCGCGACCUCAUACGAAGGAAGGUCAUCCUCCCCUAG